AUGGCAUCCGAUCAGAAAUACGACUUUAUCGUUGUUGGAAGUGGCCCAGCUGGGUGCACUGUAGCUUCACAAUUGGCGCAAUCUGCCAAGAACCCGAGCGUGCUCCUCUUGGAAGCCGGUGGACCGAAUAGCGACAGGUCGCUGCGCGUGGAUGGCCAGCGAUGGCAAACAUUGACGCAAGAAGGCAUGAACUGGGGGUAUAAGACUGUGGCCCAAAAGCACCUGAAAGGACGAGAACUGGACUACUCUCGUGGAAAAGGUCUCGGCGGGAGCUCUGCGAUCAACUUUGGUGUAUACUCCGUCGGAGCCCGUGACGACUACGAUGAAUGGGCUUCGGUCGUCGGCGACGACACUUUCUCGUGGAAAAACAUUCAAAAGCGGUUCAAGAACCUCGAAACCUUCAAUGGGACCUUUGAUGUCGCCGAGAACCGGAAAUAUGCCAGUCCUAAGGCCAGUGAUCAUGGCACCAAGGGAGUCCUCGGAAUUGGAUAUGCGAAGGAAUGGGACCAGGAUCUGCCUUUGGUGCUGGAUGCCUUUGCACAGGCUGGCUUCCCUCAGAAUGAGGACCACAAUUCGGGCAAUCCGAUUGGAAUGGGUCUAUGCAUCAAUUCUUCUCGCAAUGGUGUGAGAACGACUGCCGCCGAUUUGCUUCUCGGUCACACCAAUCUAGUCAUCGUCACCAACAGCCCAGUCUCACGCGUUAUCAUGGAAGACAAAAGAGCUGUUGGUGUCGAGGCCAACGGCCAGAGAUACUACGCAAGUAAAGAAAUCAUCAUCUCUGCCGGAUCCCUCGACACACCCAAGAUCUUAAUGCAUUCCGGAAUUGGCCCAGCAGACCAGCUCUCAAAUUUUAACAUCCCGGUGAUCCACGACUCCCCCGCCGUUGGCCAAGGACUCCGCGAUCAUUUCUUCGCUCCAGUGAUCGUAACCCGGAAUCCAGCAACGAACGACCGCAACGCCUUCUUCAAAGAUACCAGCGCCAUGUCCGCAGCGACAACCCAAUGGCAAACGGACAACACAGGCCCCUGGGCGCGCUACGGCUGCCAAAUUGGCGUCGGCUGGUUCAAAUCCGACAAGCUGACAUCCCUGCCCGAGUUCAAAGCGCUCUCACCAUCAGUCAGGGACUUUUUAAAUCGCGAGACAAUCCCCCACUACGAAAUGAUCAAUUUCCCAAUUCACCUGGUCUUCCCCGACAUGUUCCAAGACUACAGCUACGUCUGUCUCGCAGUGAUGAUGAUGAACGAACAAUCCACCGGCGAAGUCCGUCUCCAAUCAUCCAACCCGUCAGACCCCCUCCUCUUCGACCCGAAGUUCCUGAAACAUCCCUUCGACCAAAAAGCCUGUAUAAUGAUUUACAGACACCUAAUGGAAGUAGUGAAUCACCCCUCGUUCACAAAGGAUACCGUUUCGACAAUGCUCAGCGCAGCGUCAGACUCGGAUGAGGAUAUCCUCGAGUUUUGGCGGGAUAACCUCUCUUCGACAUGGCAUAUGACUGGGACGGCGAAGAUGGGGAAAGCUGGGGAUGUUGAUGCGGUGGUUGACCAUCGAUUCAGGGUGAUUGGAAUUGACGGCUUGAGGGUAGCAGAUAUGAGUUGUGUUCCUGUUCUGACGAAUAAUCAUACGCAGGCAACGGCUUAUGUUACUGGAGCUACGGCUGCGGAUGUGUUGACCGAGGAGUAUCGGCUUGCUGAGAUGACCGAAAAGGCGAUGAUGUAG